GCUGGGCGGGUCAUUAUCUUGGGCCAUAUUUGACGCGCCUGCUUUUAAGCCACUCGGUUUCCCAACGUCGUCUCCACGGUACUCAAUUUUCGAAACCACUUUGAGCACUCUUCGCCAACUGAAAGAGAGAACAUCAGAUAUGGCGUCACAAGAGUAUUUGAAUAAGAUGCAAGUUCGACAGAAUUAUCGCAACGUUUGGCAUACUGAUCUUAUGCGUACAAUUCAAGCUGAUACUCCUUAUUGCUGCUUUGCUUUGUGGUGUGCACCAUGUGUGUCAUAUUUGCUUCGAAAACGAGCUCUUUAUGGUGAUAUGACAAGGUAUACAUGCUGUGCGGGUUAUAUGCCCUGCAGUGGUCGGUGUGGAGAAAGUCGUUGUCCUGAGCUUUGUUUAGCAACUGAGGUUUUUCUCUGCUUUGGAAAUUCAGUGGCUUCAACCCGCUUCUUGUUGCAAGAUGAGUUCAACAUACAAACAACGCAAUGUGAUAACUGCAUUAUUGGUUUCAUGUUCUGCCUCCAACAACUUGCUUGCAUAUUUUCAAUUGUUGCUUGUAUUGUUGGAAGCCAGGAGAUCCAGGAAGCUUCUCAGUUGCUAUCAUGUUUGGCUGACAUGGUUUACUGCACGGUUUGUGCCUGUAUGCAGACACAACACAAGGUUGAAAUGGACAAGAGAGAUGGCAAGUUUGGUCCUCAACCAAUGGCAGUGCCACCUAUGCAGCAAAUGUCACGACUAGAUCAGCCUUACCCGUCAACUGUUGGAUAUCCUCCUCCAGCAUAUGGUCAGCCACCUCCUCAACAAGGUUAUCCACCCGCUGGCUAUCCACCUCAACAAGGUUAUCCACCCCAACAAGGUUAUCCACCCGCUGGGUAUCCACCUCAACAAGGUUAUCCAGCUCCUGCCUAUCCUGCCUCUGGUUAUCCACCUCCUGGCUAUCAGAAGUGAUCUUUCAAAGGAUUUGGUGCGUCUUUCCGAAAUUAAAAGAGAGCUGAACAUGAGUUUGUCUCCGGUAGUAUUAACGGCGUGUGUAUUUGUAUAGAUUCAUUGGUGAAAUGGUAACUAUAAUUGAACUUGUGUGCUGAUAUUCUGUAGAUUUUGGUCUCAGGGAAAAUAUGUUUCCUCUUAAACGAUGAAGAUAACAUUGCUCUCCAUCCUUCAGCCACUUUUAAUUGGUGUUUGAAUUUGAGUCGUGAUAUGUGUCGA